AAAUAAUCAAAUCGUUCGCACCUCCCCAUCAUCCAAAUCGCAUCCCUUCUCCUCCUCCUACACGUACGUCCCCCAGCUGGAGCCAAAAUCCGCGUUUCAUUCGUGAGCUCUUCUUCUUCCGUCCGUGUGUGGCCUCAAAAGCUGAACCCAGCUCGCGCUUGCUCCGAUCGUUCGUGAACUCUUCUUGCGUGCGUGCGUGGCCCGAAAGCUUAGCUUUGCCGCUCUGGUGCUUCGAUCAUGGCGGGCGUGGCCGUGGCGCGGCCGCUGCUGCUUCUGCUGCUGGCCGUCGUCGGGCUUCCGGCGGCCGUGGGGCUCGGGGUGAACUGGGGCACGAUGGCGUCGCACCAGCUGCCGCCCAGCACCGUGGUGCAGAUGCUGCAGGACAAUGGCAUCAAGAAGGUGAAGCUGUUCGACGCGGACGCGGAGCCGCUGGGCGCCCUCGCCGGCUCCGGCAUCGAGGUCAUGGUGGCCAUCCCCAACAACAUGCUCGACAUGAUGACCGACUACGACACCGCCAGGGAGUGGGUGCACAAGAACGUCAGCGCCUACAACUUCGGUGGCGGCGUCAACAUCCGAUACGUUGCCGUCGGGAAUGAGCCGUUUCUGUCGUCCCUGAAUGGCACCUUCCUGAAUGUCACGCUCCCGGCCCUGCAGAACAUCCAGAAGGCCCUUGAUGAGGCCGGCGUCGGCGACACCAUCAAGGCCACCGUGCCGCUGAACGCCGACGUGUACCAGUCCCCCAAGGACACCCCGGUGCCGUCGGCCGGGCGGUUCCGGCCGGAGAUCUCCGGCCUCAUGACGGAGAUCGUGCAGUUCCUCAACCAGAGCGGCGCGCCCUUCACCGUCAACAUCUACCCGUACCUCAGCCUCUACGGCAACGACGACUUCCCGCUCGACUUCGCCUUCUUCGACGGCGCCAGCAGCCCCGUGGUCGACGGCAACAUCCAGUACACCAACGUGUUCGACGCCAACUUCGACACGCUCGUGUCGGCGCUCACGGCGGCCGGCGUAGGCGGCCUGCCGGUGAUCGUCGGCGAGGUCGGCUGGCCGACCGACGGCGAGAAGCACGCCACGGCCGCCUACGCGCAGCGCUUCUACACGGGCCUGUUCCGGAAGCUGGCGGGCAACGCCGGCACGCCGCUGCGCCCGAACCAGUACAUCGAGAUCUACCUCUUCAGCCUGAUCGACGAGGACGUCAAGAGCAUUGAUCCGGGCAACUUCGAGCGGCACUGGGGCAUGAUGCGGUACGACGGCCAGCCCAAGUACGCCAUGGACCCGACCGGGCAGGGCCGGAACACGGCGCUGGUGGGAGCCCGGGGCGUGGAGUACCUCCCGCGGGUGUGGUGCGUGCUCAACGCCAACGCGGGCAACAUGAGCAGGCUCGCGGACAACGUCGGCUACGCGUGCACCUACGCCGACUGCACCUCCCUCGGCUACGGGUCGACGUGCAACGGCAUGGACGCCGCCGGCAACGCCUCCUACGCCUUCAACGCCUACUUCCAGGUGCAGGACCAGGACGAGGAGGCGUGCGGCUUCGACGGCCUCGCCGUGCGCACGCGCCAGGACCCCUCCACGGGCACCUGCAACUUCACCAUACAGCUCAAGACCACCUCCGCGGCGGCGGGGCGGCCGACGGUACUCUUCACGACGGCCCUGCUGGCCUUGGUUCUUGCGGCCAUGGUGACCAUGCUCUGAGUCCGAAUCUGAUUCAUACGUGGUGCUAGUUAGUAGUGACUCGAGCAGUUAGCUACAGGAAGGAGCUAGCUAGAUAUUACACACUUGUAGUUGUAGAUAUUCUUUUGGUUUGUAUACGUGUUACGCCACUGUAGUAUAUAUGAUCACAUGACCCCAUGGACCUCGGAUUCCAAGGGUUUAUUAGAUGUAUAGCUAGCAAGAAAGAUUGAGCUCACUCAUGUGCA